AUGUCUGGGCCAGAAGGUAAGGUGGCGGAGAGCCUCAGUGUGAUGGAGGCAGGAGAGCAGGCGGUGGAGGCUGGAGGUGGCACCAUGAAGAAGAGGAGAUGCAUGUAUGAGGUGCAUGUUCAGCCCUGCCUGGUGGAGAUGUUUGGGACCAGCCUGUUCGUGUUUGUGGGCUGCGCAGCUGUUAUUGGGAAUGUUGAAGCACCUGGUGCUAUCCAGCCUGCUGUGGCGCACGGGUUAAUACUGGGAGUACUGGUCAUGCUGUUUGGCCAAAUCAGUGGGGGACACUUUAACCCUGCAGUGUCUCUGAGCAUCUACCUGUGUGGAGGGAUGGAGCUGCUGCUGCUGCUGCCCUAUAUCCUGGCACAGAUGGCUGGAGCCAUGAUCGGUGCUACCAUCACUAAAGUGAUGUACCCCUCUGGCAUGUAUGUGGCAUCCCUUGGAGGAGCGUUCAACGCAACCACUGCAGAUGUUGGGAAAAGCACUCUAGCAGAAGUGAUGAUGACCCUGGUCCUCACCAUCGUGGUGUGCAUGGGAACCGUCAACAGAAAAAGCCGAACGCCGUGGGCACCGUUCUGCAUCGGCCUCACUGUCACGGCCUGUGUACUAGCUGGAGGAUCUGUUUCUGGAGCAUGUAUGAAUCCUGCUCGAGCUUUUGGUCCUGCAGUAGCUGCCAACCAAUGGAAUAAUCACUGGGUCUACUGGGUUGGACCGACCUGUGGUGCACUACUCACCGUCAGCUUCAUCAGGUUGUUGUUUGGUGACCAGAGAACUCGAGUUGUGCUGAAGUAAAGGUUUUACCUAAAGGACCAGAUCAAGAAGAACAAAGUUCUGACUGAUUCGAUGGCAACUCUAAACUAGUUGAAGGAUCAAAGUAGAGCAG